UUGGGCCAAACUCCUGGACCAAAUAACCCCAUCUUCCUAUCCAGUGAUCCAGAGUGGGAUUGGACCCUUGCCAAAAUCUGGGCACGCAACUCAGACUUUCAGGUGCAUGAAAUUGGACCUCAUCUACUUCGCACCCAUCUCCUUGCUGAGGUUUUUAAUAUUGCUACAGCCAGGCAACUUCCAAUGGGACAUCCUCUGUAUAAGCUCAUUGUUCCUCAUCUCCGCUAUACUUUGGAAAUCAAUGUUUUGGCAAGAAACCAACUCAUAGGCCCUGGAGAUCUCUUUGAUGAGGCUUUUGUGACUGGAAAUGGAGGUGUACCUGUUCUACUAAAGAAAGCCAUGGAUGAAUUGACCUACACCUGCCUCUGCAUCCCUGAUGACAUCAAAGAACGAGGAAUGGAGUCUGUUCCCAAUUACUAUUACAGAGAAGAUGGGAUGAAGGUCUGGCUGGCAGUAGAGAGACUUGUGUCUGGCAUAGUAAAUUAUUACUACCCUGAUGACAAAAUGGUCAGCAAAGAUCUUGAGCUUCAGGCCUGGGUGGAAGAAAUCUUCACAAAAGGCUUCUUGGGACGUACAUCUUCAGGAGUCCCUUGUUCUCUGGAAACACGGACAGAGCUAACUAAAUACCUGACCAUGGUGAUAUUCACAUGUUCUGGUCAGCAUGCUGCAGUCAACAGUGGCCAGUUUGACUUCUACUCUUGGCUGCCCAAUGGUCCAUCAUCAAUGAGGAAGCCACCACCUAUUGUGAAGGGUGGCCAGACUGUGCUAGAUGCUUUGCCAGAAGUAAACACAACCACGAAUGCCAUUGCUGUUGAGUGGCUGCUUAGUCAUGAACCAGAGGACAAGAGACCUCUAGGUAACUAUCCAGACAAGCGUUUUACAGAGGAGACUCCACAAGCCAUGAUUAAGGAAUUUCAGGAAAGUUUGGAAGGGAUUUCCAAGCAGAUCCACGAGAAAAACUCUACUAUCCAAGGCUUGACCUACCUAUAUCUGAAUCCAAAGAACAUUGAGAGCAGUGUGUCAAUUUAA